AUGGUUCUUCGUCCCAAUGAACCCGCCGCUCUGCGGCCGCCGCCCAUCGGCUUCGACCUCCACCACCACCAUCACUCCUCCCACCAGCAGCACUUUACUCCUCGGGGUCCUGCAGUCAGCUUGCCUCCCCUCCACAGCUUGAACCUGGACCGUGAAUCCACAACCCGUCCUCACGGUCCCCCUGCCGCCGCCACCACCAUCACCGUCCCAGCAGCCCGGCCAGACCUCCCGCGUCUGCCGUCGGCGCCUGUCUUUGCUGCCCCAUUCGGUGACCAGCACCGCCACUCGCAGCUGCUCAACUACCGGCACCGCAUGCCCUCGGACUCGGGCCUCGAUCAUAUGGACAUCGACAGUGGCGCACCCUCGCCGCUGCUGCGCCACAGCCGCCCCGUCUCUCCUCCACCUGCCAUGGCACGCUCAUCGUCAUCACGCGUGAUGAAGGAGGAGUGCCACCGGUGCGGCGCCUUCCUGCCCUCGCCCCAGUCUGAGUGUGCGUGCGGCCAGGUCCGCUUCACACACCCCUUCCAGCCGCAGGCGCGGCACCUCGUCCCCGCACUCGACGAAGCCUUCGCCGGUGGCGUGCCCAUGUCUCGGCGGGGCAGCGGGCUGCGGGCAUCGGUCGACUCGCUGUCGUCGGGGCCGUCGUCACGGCGCGGCUCUGCCGCUUGCGUGGACACACUCCCAACAGGAGCACCGCGGCGCAAGUCGACGGCCACGGCAGCGGCUGCUGUGGCGGCGGGGUCGCGGCGGGCCUCGAUGCAGCAGCAGGAGAAGCAGAAGGCGAGUAAGGCGGUGCGGGAGAAGGGGUCGCGGAAGGCCAUCAGUCGGCAGCACAAGAAGAUGGAGAUACGUGAGAAGGCGCGGGGGUGGACGGCGCCGACGGGGCUGAACGCAAACAACAAAAAGAACUCGGGACUGGACGGCAAGAAGCUCGAGAUCCUGGGACACAUGCUGGAGGAGGCGAGCGAGAGCGAUCGCAGCCGGCUGCAGCUGUGCGAGCAAGUGCAGCGUGCCGUGGCGAUAGCGCUCAAGAACGCAGAGAUGGGCGCCUCGGCCGUGGCGUCGCCCGAGGAGCGUGUCUUCCUUGAGCAGGCGACACAGGAAGCACAGAGGCUGGCUUCGUGGCUGGCUUCGGCCAUGGCGCGUGAGGCGCACGCGCUCGAAGAGUGGGAGAAGGAACAGUUGGAGAAAGAGGCAGAGGCGGAGCGGAAGGCUCAGCUCGAGGGCCGCUAUCCCACGCCGCUGUCGAGCUGUGGCAACAGUCCGACAUUUGAGCAGUUCCGUCGGUGA